AAAUAAAUUGUGUUAAAUUGAAAGACAGCUGUUGAUAUUUUCAUUUUGUGAUUUCCAUUUGAACGUCGCCAUCUGGAAAAUUAUCAUUUCAAAAGCGAAUGCGUGCAGGCCGGGCAGCUAAAUCUGUAGCGGCUACAAAAUAAAAUAUAGCAACGAUACAAAUAAAUAAGUAAUACUACAAACUAAGAAACUGGGUCAGUGUUUAGACAACUCCGUGCCUGGCAAAAGUUGCAAUUUGCAGAAAACAAAAAGUUAACUACCAACAACAACAACAACAACCACAAACAAGCAACAAAUAAAGAGUAAAUAAAACAAGACUUAAACAAAAAAUAUUACACAUACACAUUAACACACACAGAGAGAGAGAGAGACACAUAAACAUCAACAGUUAUUACAAAAUUUGUGCUCAAAAAUGUUGUACAAACUGCUAAUCCAACGGCCAGCACAUGCCAGCAACAACAACAGCAGCAACAAAAAGAUGUACAACAACAAAAAAAUCAACUGCAAACACCAGCAGGCCCAGCACGCCGUGGUGCUAGCACUGUUGUUGCUACUAAUGUUGUUGCUAUUGCUGAGCGGCCAAAUCGAACCGGUGGAUGGCCAUAAAGUGACGGCCAGACGGAUAACCAAUCACAACUAUCCGGUGGAGGAGCACACCGUACACACAUCGGACGACUACAUUCUGACUAUUUAUCGGAUACCCACAUCGCCGAAGCGUCCGCUGCAAAAUGAAACCAUAAAGCCAGUGGUUUUUCUACAGCACGGCAUACUGUGUGCCUCGGAUGAUUGGAUUAUCAAUGGACCGGAGACCUCGUUGGCAUACAUGUUCGCCGAUGCCGGUUACGAUGUGUGGCUGGGAAAUGCGCGGGGCAACACCUAUUCGCGCCAGCACAAACACAUACAUCCGGAUACGUCGGACUUCUGGAAGUUCAGUUGGCACGAAAUAGGCGUCUACGAUUUGGCCGCCAUGCUGGACUAUGCGCUAGCGGAGACGAACUCCAGCUCAUUGCAUUUUGUGGCGCAUUCGCAGGGCACCACAACGUUCUUCGUGCUAAUGUCCUCAUUGCCGUCCUACAAUGAGAAGGUGCGUUCGGUUCACUUGCUCGCACCGAUCGCUUUCAUGCGCAACCAUUCCUUUAUUCUGUCCAAGCUGGGCAGCAUCUUCUUGGGCUCGCCAUCAUUUCUCAGUUGGGUGCUGGGCGGCAUAGAGCUGCUGCCGAUUACGACAGUUCAGAAACUGCUCUGCGAGCAUGUCUGCUCGGUGGGCUCGAUGUUUAAGUUCCUCUGCUCGGGCCUCUUGGAUUUCAUUGGAGGUUGGGGUACCAGACACUUGAAUCAUACUCUGCUUACGGACGUUUGUGAAACGCAUCCGGCGGGUGCAUCCACCACCCAAAUCAUUCACUAUCUGCAGCUCUAUAUCUCGGGCGACUUUCGACAGUACGACCAUGGCAAGGAGCUGAAUGAGAUUAUCUAUCAGCAGGCGACCCCGCCUUCUUACGAUAUCUCCAACAUUAGGAGCUGCGUCAAUCUAUAUUAUAGCGAGAACGAUUACAUGUCAGCGGUCGAGGAUGUCGAAUAUCUGGCCUCGUUGCUGCCCUGCGCCGAACUCUAUCGCAUCCCGUACAAUGAUUGGAAUCAUUAUGACUUCCUGUGGUCCAUCAAUGUGAAGGAGGUGAUAAAUAAUCGAAUCAUUGACAAAAUCCGCAGAUAUGACAUCGAACACAAAUUGGGUGUGAGCUCGUAGUGGACCCUACUCUCUCCAAUAUCUUCAAAGUUUGUACAUAAUUGUAAAUAAUUAGUUACUAACUAGCUAGAGCGUGAUAUUAUAUUUGGUAUUUAAUAGCAUUUAAGCUAGCUAAAGUGACAACAAAAAGGUUUGUGAAAUGUUAUUUAGGCAUAAUUAAUGA